AGCCAGACGGAUUUACGGUCAAGAUCCAGAGAGGCUUGCAGUAUUUUUCUGGAAUUUGACACAUCACGUUUUCUUUGGCGAUUUUCUGACUAUUAGCUGUAGAUAUGGAUUUCAGCUCCUUGUUGUCUAUAGCACAGAAGAAUGAGAAGCAAUAUAAACCGACUGAGGGAGGAUAUAGAACAGAAUUGUCUGCCCCGAAAAAGGAGAAACAGAACAAGCCAAGGUCAGAGGUUGUGCAGAAACUUAUAGAUGAAAAAAGAAAAGAAAAAGAGUUAGAAGAAAGGAAGAAAAAGGAUCAUGAAAUGAGAAAAAAGUGGAAAGAAGAAGAAAAACAGAAAAAAGAAGAACAAAGUAAAAAGUUUGUAAUACCUAAGAAGAAAGAGACAAUUAAAAACGUUCUUAAAGAUUUAGAAAGUGACAGUGAAGAUGGUGCUUCAGAUGGUAGUGUAAAGAUAGAUGCCCAGAAAAACUCCACAGAUAAUCAUCGAAACCAUGACAAGAACAGCAAGAGAGAAAAUAAUCACAAACAUGACAGUCAUAAAUCUAGUAAACAUAAAAGUGACCAUAGUGAACAUAAAAGUGAAAAACAUAAACACCAAAGCAACCACUCUAGCGGUAAGACAGACAAAUCUGAAUCUCGAGAUAAACAGGAAUUACAAGAUAGACAUGAACACAGGUCUCAAGAUAGAGAAAAAUCUGGAUCUCGAGAUAGAGAAAGUCAGAAGUCUCGAGAUCAUGAAAAGUCAAGCCAUUCUAGUCACAAAUCACAUUCACACUCCUCAAGUAAACCAAGUUCGUCUAACAGGGAUAGUAAAGAACGUGAAAAACACACCAGUAGUUCAAGCAGUAAACAUUCUAGUAGUGCAACUAGUAGCAGUAAACAUUCAACUAGUAGUGAUAAACAUUCAAGCAGUAGUGAUAAACACUCUUCAAGUAGUAAUAAACACUACAGUAGCUCUUCAUCACAUAAAAGUGGCGGAAAGUCUUCCAGCAGCUCCGCCCACAAAGAGAAAGAAGGGAAGGCAUCCAGCAGUGGAGUAGGGAAGAAAUCUGCCAAAGACUUGAGUUUGGAUGAACUGAGAGAACAGGUUAAGCGGAUGAAGGAGUAUGAGGCAGAGAUAGCAAAAGAGGAGGAGAGGGAAAAACGAAAACAGCAAGAAGGGAUGUCACACGCUGUGGAGUUCCAGAAAAAUAGAAAAGGUGUAGAAGUAGACGAAGUUGAAGCCAGGAAGGCAAAAAUUUUGUCGAGAACUCAGAUGAUCUUGGAGCGGACUAAGGCCAGACUUGCUGAGGAAAGAGAGGGACAAAAACAGAAAAGACAGAGAGAGGGUGGGAAAAGAACAAGUGAUAAAGAAAGAUUAUCAAGCAGAGAAUGUGACAAAAUCAAAUCUAGAAGUGUCGUAAAAGAUGACGAUUCUUCCGACGACGAUGAACCUAAUCAAUCACUCGAUCUCAGCUCUAACCAGGAACUCAUGCGAUCUGAAUCUGGAGAUAUUCUCAAAAACAUUAAGAAAAAAAUUGAUGCGCAACUAGGCAAUUAUAACUUCCCUGAUAGAGAACCCAAAGAGAAAAAAGUAAGGAAAAGUACCGGAAGUCUUAAAAAGGACAUCAGUAGGUCCAAAGAUAGAAAUUCUUUUCAUAAACACGAUAAAUAUAAAGACAAGCAUAAAAAUAAUGAUAAGAGGGAGAAAAUUAAAGAAAUGAUGAGAAAAGAUUAUAAAAGUAAUUUCUCAGAGGGUGGUAGUGAACAGCCAAAAGUUAAAAAGCCUGUGAUAGUUAAAAGAUUCCAACAGCAGCCUCCGUCAUUGAACUUUAAUGAUUUGUUGAAAAUUGCUGAAAAGAAAUGUCAGGAAAAAGCUCCAGAACCAGUGUUCAAACCUCCAAAAAAGGUUGAAGAGAGACCACAAACUCAAGAAGAAAUUGAUCGAAAGAAGAGAGCAGAAGAUGUGAAACGAAGAAGAAAAGAAGAAGAACAAAUGUACAAAAAUAAAACACAAGUAGUUAAAACAAGUGCCAGUGAUAAAAGUGCAAUCAAAUCUAAAAGUGAUUCCAGUUUAUUGAAAAAUGCAUUGACAGGAAAAUCUGCAAAACAAAGUCCAGCUCUGAAACCAAACCAAUCUGUAGGUGGAAAUAAACAAAUUAACCAAAAGGAGAAAAAAGAAGGAAAGUAUGACGUAGAGAAUAACAAUGUGCUGGUUUGUAGACCAUCAUCCUCUGCAGGGAGUUCUAAAGCUCAGCCUGAGGCUUCCAACCCUUGGGACCGAAUUUAUGGCCAGAUUAAGAAAAAUAAUCCAAAGCCAGAAAAGAGAAAGCGUCAAGUAUUUGAGAGCUCCGAUGAAGAAGACGAGUAUGACGAAGAUGAUGAUUUCAUUGAUGAUGGAGAUGAUGGCGCCAUGGAUGUCUCUGCAGAAAUACGCAACUUAUUUGGCUAUGAUAAGAGAAAAUUCAGGGAUGAAGAUGAUGAUAUUGAUAAUAUGGAGGCCAACUUCGCAACUAUCAUGAGGGAAGAAGUCCGAAGUGCUAAGAUAGGAAAGAUGGAGGAUUUGGAAGACAUCAGGAGAGAAGAGGAGGAGCUGAAAAGGAAAAAAAUGGCCAAGAAAAAACAGAAAUAUUACUAGAGAUACUGUGCUACUGGGCUGGGAAUCAGUAAAAAUUUAAAAUUGGUUAUUCAGUACUAAAAUGCCUUACCAAUGAUUAAUCAGGAUGAAUUACAGAAACCAGAUGGAUGAAAUGAGUUGAACAACUAACUUCCGGAACUUUGGAUGCUGAAAUGAAAGCAAUCUGCUGGGUUUUUUUUUUCUAAAUAAUGCUCACACAGAGAUGAAAGGAUAGAAGAUUGUCAAAAAUUGGCUUAUUUCAGGUUUUGUAAUAAAACUGUAGAAUUUGUCAAGACUGAGAAGUUUAACCAAGGAAUACAUCACAAAGCAUUUAUUUUUCAUGUUUUGUCAACAUCAUCUGUAAUCAGUACACUACUAAUACAAAAGAAUAUUGAAAAUUUUAAGGAGUCAAAGGUAAACUAAGAAAAAAAGUGGUCUAAGAACUACUUUCCUUAAAAAAAACACAAGGAGUUUACUUGAACAUGUUGACAGUUAAAAUGAUAAAACCCAUUGUAGUAACAUUAGGCCAGAAAGAAAAAUAACCAUGUUUUGGGUUAUUUGACAUCGCCUUCCCUCAACCUUAGAAAUUAAAUAAAUAAGAAGGGUAGACAGGAUUUUUAUCUUUUCUAAUUAAAGUGUUGUAAAAAGUGAAUAUACCAGUAUCUAUUAAUUAAUCUUAUGAAAUAAAUUUAACAAAUGAUUACUCAAAAUGUACUGAAAUAUUACUUCUGCAGCAAAUAAAAGGUGAAAAAAAAAAUUUAGGGUCAGUCACAUAAACUGUGGUAAACCUUUCUUAAACUGCUCUGCCUUUUAGUGUUCUAAAUAUACAUGAUAAUAAGAUUAUAAACUUGUGUUGUUUUACAAAACCUUGUUUAAUGUUUUUUAUUACAUUUUCAAAUACUGUGUUAAAAUCUUAUCAACUUACAGGUCUAGCAAGAAUUAUGUCUUUAAAAGUUUUAAGACUACAUAUGUCUGUUCAUGAUACGAUAGUACAUGUAUACCUAAGAUGUUAUAGAAGAUGCAUUUUCAAUACUUGUAUAUGUAUGCCUCCAUAAUAAGUGUCUGCUUUUUUUAUUCAGGUCACAUUUGAAACUUUGGACUUUAGUUUUACAAGUACCACUUGAAUGUUUAGAGUAGAUUGUGUCAAAAUUGUAAUGUGCUGUAUUUUUUCAUCUCAGAUGUUUUGUGGUAAUGUUGAAACUAAAUCAUGUGUGUUAUGAAUUUACAAUAUAUUAUGGAAGAAAAAAGAUGUAUUCUUGUAAUUUUAUAGAUAUAUGUUACCAAAAAUUUAUCGUGUACUGUUAGAUCAUUUUAAUUUUAUGGUCACAAACUUUUGUAGUUUUGGUGGAAAGGUCUUUUUGUGGGGAUAUGAAUACAUUAAUUUCAACUUUUGAACAUAAAAUGAAUGGAAUUUCACUUGUAACUUCGGAUUUAAUUCUGUAGAUUGACUCAACCAAGAAAUCAAUAAUAAUUAAUCCUGUAUGAAUGUUGAUAAUCUUAGAGUAUAACAUCGGUAUUUUUAGUGUUUACAUUAAUUUUCUUUUUUCAACAGGUAUCUUUUUCAAACUUUUUCAAAAAUUUACCAGUGUUUGUUACUGUAGAGUGUACUACCUGUAUGCUGCUUUCUCCUUGAUUCGAGCCUCUUAAAUCUUAUAGGGUUGUGCAUAUUUUUGUAAACCUGUUCAAUUGAAUAAUUUUUGUUUUUUUGUUACAAAAAUAUUUGCAUUUAACAAUGGGCAAUAAGAAUUACAAUGUUACC